AGAAAAGCAAGUUGCUUAACGAGAAGACGAUCUGACAUGUUCUACUUGCUCGUGGUGAUUGGAGCGAUUUUAUUAUGUGUUUAUUGCGUCCUACAACGAUGCAACCGUAAUUGGAAAAUGCUAAGGGAAUAUCCUGGCGACUAUCGGCUACCCAUCAUCGGAAAUGGCUUACAAUUGGGAUUUGAUUCAGAGAAAUCUUCCGAUAAGAUUUUUAAACUGUGGAAAAAACAUGGGAUGAAAAAUUUUCGCAUGACGGUCGGCAGUGAAGAGUGGUUGCUAGUGACCAAUCCCGAUGAUGUCGCGACCAUCCUGAAUCAUCCAACUCAGUUAUGUAAGCAAGUUGAGAGGAACACAGGAAUGCAACCCCUUUUUGGAAACUCCCUUUCAACUUCUGAAGGUGAACGAUGGCGGUUGAUACGCAAAUUAUUGACGCCGAGUUUUCACUUCAAGACAUUAGAAAAGAAAAUUGACACCGUUAAUCAGCACUGCGACCGAUUAUUUGAACUUUUGGAUGAGCAAGACAAGAUUGACGCCUACAAAUACCUCAAGGCAUUCAUGUUGGAUACAGUUUGUUCUUCCCUGAUGGGCGUUGAUAUGAAAUUCCUAGACAGUAUAGACCAUCCAUACUUCGAGGCUGGUGACACAGCAAUGAAAAUAAUAACGGAAAAUUACUUUUCCUAUUGGAGAAGUCUCCCAUGUCUUAUAACGUUUACAAAAUUAUAUAAGGAAACGCAGCGCAUCGCUAAAAUUCUCGAUGCUAUGAGUAAUGAUGUUAUUGCACAAAGAAGAAAAAAAAUACAAAAACUAAUUGAAUAUGCAGAAAACAAUAAAAACCACGUCAUGGAACACGAUGUCUUAACAGGAAAAGAAUGCUUAUUGGAUAGAUUAAUUUUGAGCAAACUGUACUGCGGUGUUACGCUCACUGAAGAUAUUAUUAGCGAAGAAGUCAAACUUGUAUGUUGGACCGGUCAUCAUACGACUGGAUUAGCGUUGUCCCACGCUCUGUACUUCAUUGCAAAGUUUCCUGAAGUCCAACACAGGGUGUUACAGGAACAAAAAUUAAUUUUUGGUAAUGACAGGUUCAAAAAACCAAAUCAUAAGGAAAUAAAUGAGAUGAAAUAUCUAGAAGCUGUCAUUAAGGAGAGUAUUCGUGUUUUACCAGCGAUCACCAAAAUAUCAAGACAUCUUAAGAAUGACUUACAGCUCAAAGAUGGACGAGUGGUACCAGCCAAUACGACCGUAGUAAUAUUUUUCAAAGGGAUGUACCAAGAUCCAAAGUUAUUAACAGAACCUGAAAAAUAUAAUCCCGACCGGUUCUUCUCACCGAUACAUAAUUACGCAUUUGUUCCGUUUAGCUCAGGACCUCGUAAUUGUAUAGGUUUUCGAUUCGCAUGGGCUGCAAUGAAAGGUUUAAUAUCCAAUAUUAUAAGACGGUAUGAAUUUUCUCUCGCCGGUCCUGGUACAGAACCACAAUUUGUAUAUAGAUUAAUGACGGAGUCAAGUAAUGGUAUACAACUUAAUAUAAAAAGACGUGUUUAUUCGUAAAUUUAAUUAUAUUUAUAAUAAAAAAUAUUUUGUCAAGCGUGUGAUGCAACUUAAGAAUUGUUUUACUGUCCACUAGGACCUCCAAAUUUAAUUAAAACCAAUCUUAUAUCUUUAAACGAGCAAUUCUUGUAUACAUAUAAUUGGAAUCACGGAAUCGGUUCCAAAGAUUUUAAUUCGUUUCGGGGGUGAUAAAUCCAUCUAGCUAGGAAUCAUUUCUAGAAAAUUUUAUUCGUGUUUUAUCAA